GACGUGGACAUGCAGCAAAGACACGACUCGAAUCCAAGCCCAGACCGUGCCACCGAUGCGCAUCUACUCCCAAAACUAAAUCGACAGGUCGGUGGAAAUAGUUCAACUACACGCCGUCAGAGUACUAGAUGGACUCAUUCUAUGUAUGCGUCAGAUCAUAAGGACGUUUUAGCACCAGGACAGGUGGAGGACGGCAGCUCUUCAAAAAAGACGAAGCAGCAGAUGAGAAAACGACGACGCAAGAAGAGGAGUAACUUCAAGCUUUCUCCGAGAGAACUCCAAGUUCUCGCAGACUUGAGGAAUGAGCUACAGUGCCAUGAUCGAGAGGAACCAUUUAUGAGAUAUCGAACGCGUGAUGACUACUUGAGUAGAGCAGCCAUUGGAGCCGUGCCUCCUGUAGUCCCUGG